AUGGCAAAGGGCCCCCUCACGCUGUGCUUAUGUCUGCUGGGAGCCUGCCUGGCUGCUGGACACACAGUGUUCCUGGGCAGCAGGGAGGCCAGCUCGGUGCUGCAGAGGCAGCGCAGAGCCAACUCCAACCGCCUGGAGGAGGUGAUCCCUGGCAACCUGGAGAGGGAGUGCAUCGAGGAGAAGUGCAGCUACGAGGAGGCCCGGGAGGUGUUUGAGAACGAAGAGAAAACGAUGCAGUUUUGGCAAACAUACGUUGAUGGGGACCAGUGCGACCCCAACCCGUGCAAAAACGGAGCCCAGUGCAAGGACCAGAUCAAUUCCUACGUGUGCUGGUGCCCAGCUGGCUAUGAAGGCAAGAACUGUGAGAUAGACUUCACCUGUGCUAUCAAAAAUGGAGGCUGCAAGCACUUCUGCAGUCAUCAGCCCCCACAGAAGGUUGUGUGCUCCUGUGCCCCUGGCUAUAAACUGCAUGAAGAUGGAAAGGCCUGUGAACCUGCAGUGCCGUUCCCCUGCGGGAGGAUCACGGCUCCCGAGGCCCAGAGGAAGCUGACGCGCUCCAUGAACACCUUUGAGCACUGGAACAGCACGGGCGAGGAGCCCGAGGAGGGGCAGGGCCCCGAGGAGGGCCAGGACAACACCACGGAGAGCAGCAGCACCGCAGCCCCCGCCAGGAUCACGCCCGUGCUCAGGACGGGCACACGCGUUGUUGGCGGCUCGGACAGCAUGAAGGGAGAGGUGCCCUGGCAGGUUCUGCUGGUGAACAGCCAAGGCGAGGGCUUCUGCGGCGCCACCAUCCUCAACGAGAAGUGGCUGGUGACAGCAGCACACUGCCUGAAGCCAGAGUUCACCCACAACCUCACUGCUGUGGCAGGUGAACACGACGUCCGGAGCGAUGACCACACGGAGCAGCUGCGCAAGGUGGUGAGGCUGCUGCCGCACCCCACGUACAACGCCUCCAUCAACGAGUACCACAACGACAUCGCCCUGCUGGAGCUGGAGCGGCCGCUCACCUUCAACAGCUACGUGACGCCCGUGUGCCUGGGCAGCCGCGAGUUCACCAACACCCUCCUGAAGCAGGGCGUGGGCACCGUCAGCGGCUGGGGCACGGUGCUGUUCCGCGGCCGCGCCGCCACCACGCUGCAGGUGCUCAGGGUGCCCUUCGUGGACCGGCCCACCUGCCUGAAGAGCACCUCCACCAGCAUCCUGCAGAACAUGUUCUGCGCGGGGUUCCCCACCGGCGGCAGGGACACGUGCGAGGGGGACAGCGGGGGCCCCUACACCACCGAGAUCGAGGGCACCUGGUUCCUCACGGGCAUCACCAGCUGGGGCGAGGAGUGCGCCCUGCCCGGCAAGUACGGCAUCUACACCAGGGUCUCCAAGUACGUCAAGUGGAUCAAGCAAACCACCAAGCUCCCCUGAGGCCGGGAGGAGCGCUGAGCCCUGCUGGGGAGGCUGCACCGCGCGGGAGGAUGGACUGGGGAUGUGGAGAGGGACCUUGGCAAUCCCCGUGGCUUUGAGAGACCGUGGCAUUUCAAUAAACGUUUCUGGAUGAAAUAACUUCUGCUCUUGGAAGGAAGUAGUUGAGAGAAUGCAAUGAAAAUGUGGUAAUAAGGAAAUAAAAAGCCUUUUAAU